GUGUCGUUUCUCAUCGCUGAAAAGGCUGUACCUAUCAUCGAUGUCGAUGAUUAAUCAAUAAUGAUUUGAGCAUACCUGUUUUAAAAAAGAUCUCUAAAGCAGAUUUACAUAUACAGCAAUGUUUCGCAAUUCUCAGAAUGAUCUACUUUAAAAGGUUAAUAUUUUUACCCCAAAAAUACUCCCUACAAGACGUCAUGACAUUUAAAUGUUACUCAAUGGGGAUUCGUCUUUCUGAGACGUCACUUUAUUGUCUCCAUGGAAACGGUUCCUAUCUAACCUUUGAACUGGAAUUAGAUCGGUUGUUUGUAAACUAUGGAGAACCGCACCUUCACGUUUUUACGGUCCUUGACCCACAUUCUUGAUAUUAUUCGCAUAUAAAUGGUAAGAAAUGGAGUUUGACAUUACGCGGACGAGACCGUCGCUUUUUGGAGAAAUUGCACAUGGUUUGGGUUUCUGGACGGAUCGCUCGGCAGUGCAUGAGGCUGCAGCUCAGGGCAGAGCUGUCCAGCUGCAGAAGCUCAUUGAAAAUGGAGCAUCUGUCAACAUCGUGGCUGUUGACUCCAUCACGCCUCUUCAUGAGGCCUGUAUACAAGGACAUACACAAUGUGUCAAACUGCUCCUGGAUGCUGGAGCUCAUGUUGACGCCCGUAACAUAGACGCCAGCACUCCGUUAUGUGAUGCUUGCGCUGCUGGUAGUCUGGAGUGUGUGAAGUUGCUGUUAGAUCAUGGAGCCACUGUUAACCCUCCACUAUUCACAUUCUCACCUCUCCAUGAGGCCUGUAUGGGCGGUAACUCUAAAUGUGUCCAGCUCAUGAUAGAUAAAGGUGCUUUAAUGGAAGCCCAUGACUGUCACUUCGGCACUCCGCUGCAUGUGGCGUGUGCCAGGCAACAUGUCGACUGUGUCAGGGUUUUGCUUAAUGCAGGUGCAAAUGUAAAUGCUGCCAAGCUCCAUGAGACGGCACUUCAUCGCGCUGCCAAAGUAAGAAAUCUGGAACUAAUUGAGCUUUUGGUAGAAUUUGGAGGAAAUAUUUAUGCCAAGGACAACCUCGGCAAAAAGCCCCUUCAGUACACAGGACCCGGCUCACCAUCUGCAGUCUGCUUAGAGUUUUACGAAUCCACACCUCGGACUCUUCAGCAGUUAUGCAGAAUUGCACUCAGAACUACCCUUGGGAAAAGGGCUCAAGGCGUGUUGACUCAACUGGGCCUACCGAAUCGAAUGGUUUCUUUCCUGUCUUGCUUGCCAUCCCCUCCCUUGAUACUCCUCACCUCAUGAUCUGCUUGUCUGUUUCUUAACAAGGCAUCAGUAAUGGACCUGUGUUUGAAAAUAAGAGGCUUAUUGUCGUUCCUGGAAUCUAUUUCUUACUGUGAAGUACCGCUACUGUUACAGCCACGCUCAGUAUUUGUCACAUAUUUGUCAACAUUUUACUCCCUUCUGCAGCAGGGACUCAAUAGGAGGGUUGGUAUGAAUGCAGUUUACAGCCAAAAUAUCUAGAAUAUUUAGAUUGUUUGAUAUUUGUGGGAGAAAGCACCUUCCGUGGGAACUAACAUUUUUUUAAAGCUAUUUUGGAAUGGCUUCGGCAUGUGUUGGCUGCUUAAACAUCUUGCAGGAAGACAAAGCCAUCUUGUUUUCUGCUUGUUUUACAAGGUUAAGGAUUGCUUCAAUUUUUUCCGUUUUAUUAUUACAGGUCUGCAUUGUAUGUUUUCGCUUAAUGUAUGUAAUCAGAUAUGUGAAUAGAUUUGUAUAUAAAAACAACUUGUAUAGGUUUUUAUGAAUUGUGCAAAUGUGUAUAUUUAACCUUUUUUAAAUGUAUAUUUAUUUAUUGUACAAACGUAUUAUAGAUUAAUUUUGGUUUAUUUAAAAGUGUAUCUUUUUAAUACAUACAUGUUUUUAAGAUUAAUACUUAUUUGUAAUAAGAAGUACAUUUUAAGUAAUAAUUAAAUUCUAAUAGAAA